AGGUGACCCCGGCCACAGGGGCCGUGCUCCGCCAGCGCUUAUUAAUUGGGAGCUAAUAACCCUUAAUAGGAAUUCCGGGAGAAGCGGCUCUGGUUUGCAAAUGAAGGAGAAUACGGCCAAAAAUUACCUCCCAGCUAAUUUUCCCAGUUCCCGAGUGUGCCGCGUGGCGAGGCAGCGUGGUGCGCCAGCGAAACCCCGCGGAGCAUCGCUGCCCGCCUGCCCGGGCAUGGCGAGAGGCUGGGACCAGAGGCGUGCGGGAGCUGGGUGCGCCGGGGACGUGCCCCGUCCCUGCCCUGGGCCGCGAUGGCCGGCGUGACGCUGGGCUGGGGUGGUGCCCAGCACCCCUGGCAACGGGUACCAGCUUGUCCCAAACACCCAGCAAGCCAUGGGCGUGCACGGACGCCUCACCUUCUUCCUCCUCCUCAGCCUCCGUGCCCCAGGGACUUUCGUCAGAGCAGCAGCCCUGCCUGACCUGCCGCGUGUGGUGGCCCUGAGCGAGGACGCGGUGCCGGGCACCUGCGUGGCCAAGGUGACCGUGUCCUGCAGCAAUGCGAGCGGCAGCCCCAAUGUCACCCUGCGUGGCAUCGAGCCUGGCCACCCCUUCAACCCCGUUGCCAUCAGUGCCGACCCUGUGGCCGCCGCCACAUUUCAGGCAGAGGUGACGCUGCGUGCCGGUGCUGAGCUCGAUGCCCACAGGGUGAACCAGUACACCCUGACCCUGCGGGCCACCUGUCCCAGCGAGGAGGAGGUAGAAGAGCGGCUCUUUGUCCGGGUGACGAUGGGACAGGCACUGCGCUGUGACGCCCCCUUCGCCAGUGCAGAGGGAGAUGUGGUGUGGGUGCUGGCGGACGUCGCGCCCCGGACGCCCCUGUACGCGGUGCUGCUGCAGCCGCUCGGCGGGCUGACGUUCAGGCUCCGAAACCACAACACGCCGCUCACCCUCACCCGCCAUGGCCUGGUGCUGGCGCCUGCCAGCGGCUUCGACCGCAGCAAAGACACCCAGACGUUCAGGCUGGAGAUCGAGGUGAUGGACCGCCACGGACACAACUGCAGUGGGACCGUGAGGGUGGAGGUGCUGCCAUCGCCCCGUCCCCGUGUCACCUUCCUUGAGCCGCAGCGGGCUGUGACAGUGCCGGAGGGCACCGGCCCCUUGGAGGUGAUCACACAGGUCCAUGCCAGCGGUGACAACGUCCACUACGCCAUCCUGGCUCCCACGGCGCCUGCGCUCUUCACCAUUGAUGAGGUGAGGGGCAAUAUCCGCAGCACCCGCCGGCUGGAGGUAGCCCACGCACACCUCCUCGUUCGGGCUUACAACGCACUGCAUCCUGCCGACCAUGACACCACUACGCUAAAUGUCACCGUGCAGGGGAUGGACCGGCGAGCACCGAGCUGCAUCCCAGCCAUCUCCGUGUCCCAGGUACCCGAGACGGUGUCCCCCGGCAGCACCCUGGUGACACUGAGGUGCACCGACCCCGCCAGCGCCGGGGGGAACCUGCACUACGCCCUGGAGGGGCCCCUCGCCUCCCGCUCCCACUUCCGCAUGGAGGGGCCACAGCUGCAGGUCAACGCCACCCUGGACUAUGACUCGGAGGCCGCGGCCGCCAUGGGCUUCCAGUUCACAGCCACCAUCGUGGUGUCGGCGGGAGGGCAGCCCCCGCGGAGCACCCACGUACCCCUGCUCGUGACGGUGACUCCCGUCAACGAAUUCACACCGGCGUGCCCCAAUGAUGCCACCUUCACCGUGCCGGAGACGGCGGCUUUCGGCAGUGCCGUGGGGCGCGUGGCUGGCACCGACGGUGACUACCCACUGAACAGCCUUGAGUACAGCCUGGAGGGGGACCCCGGCCCCACGCAGCCCUUCGCCAUUGACACGCACACCGGUGAGAUCCGCGUGGUGGGACCCCUCGACUUCCAGCGGCAGAAGAGCUACAGACUGACGGUGCAGCUGACAGACACCCGCAAUGACCUGGACCCAGCAAAGCGGCGGAGCCGGCUGUGUGAUGUGGCCGUGCGCCUGCAGCCCGUGCUGGACCAGGCGCCGGUGUGUACCCCAGAGGUGCAGGAGCUGCAGAUCACGGCCAGGUUGGGCAGCCGCCAGCCUGUCACCCGCCUGGCGUGCCAGGGCAGCCCUGAUGGCGUCACACUGUCUUACGCCAUCGCUGGAGGCAAUGAGGACGGGCGCUUUCGGCUGGAGGGGAACACCCUCUUCUACCUCUCUGAUGACCUACCUGAGCCCUGCACCUUUGUGCUGCUGGUGGAGGUGUGGGGCAGCCCCGGUGUCCCCCGCCACAGCACCGUGGUGGCACUGGUGGUGCACGUCACCCCCCGGAGCACCCCGGUGCCACCCAGCACCACCACCCGACGCACGACGCUGCAGAAGGAGCCACUGAUCAUCACACUGACGGAGGUGUCGUGGCACCCACCGGCCUGGUUCGUGGCCGUGCUGACAAUCUCCGGUGCCCUGCUGCUGGCUGCCCUGGGCUGCGUGGCCCGGAGCCUGCUGUGCAGCAACCGAGACCCUGGCAAGCCGCUUCUGGGCAAGAGCUCCCGGGACGUGGUGGAGCAGAAGGGUGGUGAGGAGGAGCAGGGCCACUCCCACACUGGCAGCCUGGGGCAGUUCGACGGCCGUGCCCGGGACCCACGCACCGGCAGGGACUAUCUCUUCAACAGCGUGACUGGGGCACGGCGCUGGAUCUGAGCAGCUUGACCCGACAAGGGACUCCCCACAACCCACAGCUCCCCGAGGUGCCGGCAGACACCCGGCAUGGCCCUCAGGCCAGGAGGAGGAGGAGGGAAUCCCUCCUCCGUCGCUGAACCCGCUGCCCACAGGGUGCAGGCAGCCCCUGAGCCACCCUGGCCAGCACAGACCCAAUAAAUGGUGGCAGAGAUUGCACCUGCCACCGUGA